GGAGCCGCGGCGGCCGCCUGCGAGCGGGGAGCGGAGCGGACGGAGCCAACAUGGCGGCGCCGAGGCUGGGGCGGCUGUGACGGCUGUGACGGGGAGGCCGCGGCGCCCUCAGCCCGGGCAGCUCCGCAGCGCCAGCGGGGCCCGCACAGCGGAGCGGGAGCUGAGCCGGCGGGCAUGGCGGGGGCGGCGUAAGGGAGGCCUCGGCGGUCCCUGUGGGUGAGGGGACGGGCCCAGGCCCAGCCCGCCUCCCCCCUCUGCCAGCGCGGCCCGGUACCGGGCAGGGGCAGCGCAGGAGAGGCCUCGGGUGCCCGGGGGAUGGGGGCCUAGGGGGGCCCACAGUGCCGUGGCAGCGGGGCCGAGCCGCUCUCCUCGGUAGCCCGCGGAGAACCACCCACCCACCCCCCCCGCCUGGGGCCGGCGGCCCCUCGCCGCGCUCGCCGCCCCUGCCGUUCCUGGGACCUUGCGAGGGCGGACAGGGCCGUCCCCGAGCGGCGGUGGCCGGACUUUGGUUCCAGAGGCUUUAAAAAGCCGGGCACUCCCCAGGUGCGGGAGGAGGCCGGAGCCGGGCUGCGGCAUGUGCCGGUAACAGGGAGGGAAGAACUGAGCGGGGGUCAGGGGCGAGCGGCAGAGCGAAGCCUUAGCCGCCCUCAGGUAACCCUGUGUUGGGAUUUAGCACUGUAUUUCUGGGAGCUUUGAGCUUAGCUUCUGGGGGAGUCAGGGGUUUUAUUCUUUAACACAAGCGUAGGGCAGCGCAGCUGUAGAGUUUCAGACGGAGCAGCCGAGUGCUGGGCCCAGCUCUCUGGGCAGGCUCUCUCCUGGGAGAUAAGCUGGUCUUAAGGAGCUGGUGGGGAGGAGACAAGCACUCUAAUUGCAAGUAAAGGAGAAGGUAUGGGCUGAAUCUUAAAAGAGUAACCCAGUUCAGAUGACCUUUUCUCAGCUCUUUUGUUAAGGUUUAUCACUUAACCUGAUCCAGUUUCUGGAGAAGUUGCUAUGCUAAGAAAGCAAAUUGAGGUUUAAGGUAUUCUGAGUACCCUGUCCGUCGCCUGGCUUUGUGAGGGUGGCGUUCAGCCCUGCUGAUAAGAAGGGAACAAGGGAGUUCAUUCUUCAGGAGUGGUGUCUUUAAAAAAACAAAAUGACCUAGAGAGCGCAGAGUGAGUUCCGGACUUUCCUUUUCCUCGUCCCCAUGUCAUUAAAUUAUUAAGUAGGAAAAAAAAGGUUUUAGGGGGAAAAAAAAAUUGGGUGGCUUCUGACAAGCUGACCAGCUUUAACACUGACCACCGAUACCUGACGCUGGAAGUUUGGCUUCCCCGCUAUAAGAGCCAUAUGUGAAACUCUCUGUCAGAGCUCCUGCAGUUUUGUUGGGUAGUUUAUUUAAAAAGUCAAGGAGGAAAGGGGAUAGAAGACUUUUUAAAAACACUCACUUGGCUGCUGUUUGAAUCGUGGAUUUAAGCAAGACCAGAAGAGCUUCUCGCUAAGGAAUUAAAACCCUCCCAUUGAGCGCUGGUGGCCGACAGGCCAGUCGAGGGCUCCCUGUUCCUCCGCCUGCCUGGGGCCAGAGCAUGAGUCACGGGUCGUGCUGGGAAUAGACCGGAGAUUCCUGCCUGUGUCUGUCCCCCGUGUUUACGCUGCUGCCGCCUCUGUUUUGGGAACCGUAACCAAGGAAAGCUGCUCUGUGGUGAUGCUGGCUGGGCUCGGGUGAGCUCUCUGGAGGGAAGAAGGACCCAUGGCCCGGUGCCAUGUGGAGCAGGGAGCCACUGACUUUGGGGCUGGAUCCCUUCUGGAAAAUGGCAGGGCUGGUAUCGGACUGCGAUCUCUGCUCUCCUGCGGCCUCUGGUCCUGCCUCUCGCAGGGGAGGAGGACUCCUGACCCAGUUAAACUAAUGAGGGCCGUUGUUUUAGGGUAUAGCCGUGAUGCAACGAUGGCGUGACUCCCCCAUACGGCAUGCAUGCUGGCACAACAAGCAUGUACCCGGGGCAGGUGCCUUUUUGUCAUGGGUGCUACCACCACCCCCUAGCCUGAGAUGUGCUGCAGGGGUUUAAAUGCGCUUUGGGGGUCUGAAGCCCCCUCCAAAUAGCUUGGGGGGGCACCCCGGGCCACAGCCUGCUCCCAGUGCCCAGCAAGCCGUGUGGUGCGGUUACUCCUAACCCAAUCGCUGUGUGCCCCAGGCAACUGGUGUUGCCAAAUGGCUUGUCGCUGGUUCCCAGCCUGUCUUGUGGCUGACUCUGUGCAGUGGCAUGGUGCCAUCCCCAGGCAUGGGAUGGCUUAAUGUCACCCGCUUCGCUCUGACAGCGCUUGAUCCCUAAAGGAGGCCAGACAUGGGCUGUGAUUCCUGCAGGUCCCUACUCUUUUUGGCUGGGUGCCUGACUCCCCGUGGCUCUUGGUGAAGAAACAAAGCUGUCAGUGCUGCUGAAAGAGAGCUGGGUGAUGGCAGAGCUGCAAGGAACUUCCCUGGGGGGGGCCGUAACCGGGUGAGAAACCUGCUGAGACGAGGAGGGUGAGCCCUGAGUUGGCCACUGAAGCCAGUCUGACGAGGCUCGUGCUCCUCCAACUUUGAAGCUGAACAGGUCGGGGCCUGCCGAGCGGCUGAUUUCCUUCUCCCUUGAUGUUUUGGCAUGAUACCAGUGGCUGUGCCAAAUGGCUUUGUGUGGGUUGCAGUGCUAAGAAGAGCCCCUGGCUUGGCUGGCACGUGCCUGCAGCAGUGGAAGAUGGCUGCAUUCAAACGGAGCCGAGCGCAAGCAUGGCCGGAGGAAUGGGGCGAUCGGGAGCAUGGGCUGUACAGCCUGCACCGCAUGUUCGACAUCGUGGGCACCCACCUGACCCACCGGGAUGUGCGGGUGCUCUCCUUCCUCUUCGUCGACGUGAUCGACGAUUAUGAGAGGGGGAUGAUCCGCAGCGGCCGGGACUUCUUGCUGGCGCUGGAGCGGCAGGGCCGCUGUGACGAGACCAACUUCCGACAGGUGCUGCAGUUGCUGCGGAUUAUCACUCGCCAUGACCUGCUGCCCUAUGUCACCCUCAAGAGGCGACGGGCCGUGUGUCCGGACCUGGUGGACAAGUACCUGGAGGAGACAUCCAUUCGCUACGUGACGCCCCGAGCUCACAGCGAGGCAGAGCAUGGGCUCGGCCACCCCCAUAAAUCAGUGCCUCCCCACCACCCCGUGGUCUGCUGCUCCUCUGCGGGACCCCAGAUCUGUACCAAGAGGCCUGGCCGUGGCAGGACCCUCCUCAGCAGCCAGCGCAAGAGGAGGAAGUCGGCAACGCCGGACCCUAAGGAGAAGCAGACCUGUGGUAAGAGCCUCGGGGGGGGGGGGGGGGGGGGUGCAGGUCAAGGGGUGUUGGGGGGUCCCGGCCCCAUGCCAAAGCACUCACCGCCCUCCCCGCUUCCUUCAGAUAUCCGCCUGCGGGUCCGAGCUGAGUACUGCCAGCAUGAGACGGCGCUUCAAGGCAAUGUCUUCUCCAACAAGCAGGACCCCUUGGAGCGUCAGUUUGAGCGCUUCAACCAGGCCAACACCAUCCUGAAGUCCCGGGACCUGGGCUCCAUCAUCUGUGACAUAAAAUUCUCAGAGCUCACCUACCUCGACGCAUUCUGGCGUGAUUACAUCAACGGCUCUUUGCUGGAAGCCCUCAAGGGCGUCUUCAUCACGGACUCGCUCAAACAAGCCGUGGGCCACGAAGCCAUCAAACUGCUGGUCAAUGUGGAUGAGGAGGAUUACGAGGUUGGGCGCCAGAAACUCCUGAGGAACUUGAUGCUGCAGACGGCUCCCUGACUGCCUGAUGGCUGCUCGGUGGGAUCCAAGCUUUUUCCUUUUUUUUUCUUUUUUUUUUUUUUCUAAAAGAAAAGGAAAAGAUGAUCGGGACCCCCACCCGGUACUGUGCAACUCUGGGUUCAGAGCCGGGCUGGAGCCACGGGGAGCGCCAGAGGCUUACGUGUUUCCUCACCCCUUUCCUGUCCUGUCCCCUCCUCUCUCACUUUGUUUUCCUUUUUUCUCUUUUAUUUUGUAUCCAUUAAAAAUGAAAAGGCAAAAAUC